ACCAUCGCGACAAACCUCACCAUCCCAAUUACUUUUCGUUUCGUUUUACCCCGUUCCUCUUUAGGUUGGAAAAUGGCAACCUUCUCUCGAGUCUUUUGGCAGACCAGCCGAACCGUGCUUCGAUACCAAAAAUCUGUCAACCCGGUCCAGCAAGCUCUCGGAGUUCAGGGCUCAAGCAGAUAUGUCAACAGUGUGAGAAGCUACGCUGCUGUCUACCAGCGCGACAAGCCCCACGUUAAUAUCGGAACAAUCGGGCACGUCGAUCACGGAAAGACUACGCUCACCGCAGCCAUCACCAAACGACAAGCAGAGAAAGGGCUUGCAAACUUCCUCGACUAUGGCUCAAUCGAUAAAGCUCCCGAAGAGCGAAAGCGUGGGAUUACCAUUGCGACGGCACACAUCGAAUACGCCACCGGUGCCCGCCACUACUCUCACGUCGACUGUCCCGGUCACGCUGAUUAUAUUAAGAACAUGAUUACGGGAACCGCAAACAUGGAUGGUGCUAUUAUUGUUGUGGCUGCGUCCGAUGGUCAAAUGCCCCAGACUCGCGAACAUUUGCUCCUCGCCCGACAGGUCGGCGUACAGAAAAUCGUCGUAUUCGUCAACAAGGUCGAUGCAAUCGAGGACAAGGAAAUGCUGGAGCUUGUGGAGAUGGAGAUGAGGGAGCUCUUGUCUACCUACGGUUUUGAGGGCGACGAGACUCCCAUCAUCAUGGGUUCAGCUCUUUGCGCCCUUGAGGGCCGGCAGCCAGACAUCGGCGAAAAGAAGAUUGAUGAGCUCCUAGAAGCGGUGGACACCUGGAUCCCAACUCCAAAGCGUGAGACCGAGAAGCCCUUCCUCAUGGCCGUCGAGGAUGUAUUCUCCAUUGCCGGGCGUGGUACAGUGUGCUCCGGGCGUGUCGAGCGUGGUGUUCUGAAGAAGGAUUCUGAAGUCGAGCUUGUUGGCAAGGGCGUCGCGCCUAUCAAGACCAAAGUCACUGACAUUGAGACAUUCAAGAAGUCUUGCGACGAAUCAAGAGCAGGAGACAACUCCGGUCUGCUUCUCCGUGGUGUCAAGCGUGAGGAUGUCAAGCGUGGUAUGGUUGUCGCGAUUCCCGGAUCCGUUAAGGCCAGCAAGAAGUUCAUGGUCUCGAUGUAUGUCCUUACCAAGGAGGAGGGCGGCCGUCACACCGGAUUUGCCGAGAACUACCGACCGCAGAUGUUCAUCCGAACCGCCGAUGAGUCUACCAGCCUUUCAUGGCCUGAAGGCACCGAGAAUCCGCAUGAGAAGAUGGUAAUGCCGGGUGACAAUGUGGAAAUGGUAUGCGAGCUCCACGCCCCUCACGUUGUCGAGGCUGGUCAACGAUUCAAUAUGCGUGAGGGUGGUCGCACCGUCGCUACCGGUCUUGUGACCCAGAUCCUGGAGUAAACGAGCUCGACUUUACUUUGAAAUGAUUACUCAUUGAAACAGUUGUGUUUAGUGCCGAACUAUCUCCCUCCAUUAUGUGUAAGAUUUGCCGACAAGUUCUUGUACACUAUCUAGCGCUGAGCUAUAUCCCCUCUCCGCUUUCACCCUUGUCUUUCAAACUGUAUAUUACCAAUCUAGAUAUUGAACAGGCAUGGGAGGCGUUGAGAGUCUUACUGGGGUGGGGUGGUAGGAAAGAAAU